AAGCGCCUCCAAAGCGAUUCAUCAUCAGCUUCACCUUUUCAUACCCUUGGUUUUCUGCUGUCAGACUACUGACCGAACAACACAAUAAUCCAGAGCCAUUUCAAUUAAAAAAUGUUCAAGAAAUCAGUGGAAGCAAAAUCACAACAACGAUUAUCGGGUGCUGACCGUAAGAAAUUGAAGCGAACAAUCAAAGACCGCUUCCCCAAUGCUUCCGAUUCCGACCUAGACAUCUUAAUCCCCCCUAAGGUAGAGAUAACUGUCUCAAAGCAGCCAAACCGUGUUCUUAUCUACAGUUUGGAAGGUGGAUUGCCAAUGUUCUUUGAUGUUGAUAGCAGAGGCACAACUAUAUUUCCAACAGUUUAUGCACUAUGGAAGGUUCCGCAUCUUCUACCUGCUUUCAUUCUAAAAGGGGGUGAAGUGUCACGUUACGUAAUCGGAGGGGCAGAUUUGAUGUUUCCUGGCAUCCAUAUAACUGCCGAGGGUCUCCCUGAGUUUUCAGCUGGUGAACCAUGGGCUGUUAUCGUUCCCGGUAAUCCAGCUCCAAUUGCUGUGGGAUCUACCUACAUGAGUAGCUCCGAGGCUCUAAAAGCCGGUCUUCGUGGAAAGGCUUUAAAGAUAAGCCAUCAUUACCGGGAUGCACUUUGGGAAUCAGCUGAAGCCCGAUAUGUGCCGAAUGCUGGCUUUCUAGAAGACGUCGUCUUCGAAGAUCCUUCUUUAACGACUACUUCUCAGCAAUCCGAUACUGAAGUCGCCAGUGAUCACGAUAAUGAUGCGGAUAACAUAGAAUCAGAGGUGGCUAUGAAUGACGCAGAUGCUAGCCAUGCGGAUUCAUCUUCAAAAACGGAGUCAAACCCGAAUGUUGACCAACAAGUGACUACUGAUCUUGGUGAUCUGAAGUUGACGGAAAGUGAUAAGGGCGUUACGGAGGAGCAAGUUAGUCUUUCGGUUGAGGAUGUUGAUGCACUUUUGGAUAAAUGUCUUCUGCAAGCUUUUUAUACAACACUCAAGGAUAAAGAUCUUCCUAUUGCUGGAAGCACAUUAUGGUCGAAUCAUGUCUUACCUUGUAGGCCACCUGGCACCGUGCUGGAUAUUAAGAAGUCGUCACACAAAAAGCUAUCUAAGUGGCUACAAUCAAAAACUUCUCAAGGACUGAUUUCAUCAAAAGAAGAUAAGCAUAAAAAAGAAGUUAUGGUUUUGACAAUAAAUCGCAAGCAUCCCGAUUACACAUCUUUCAAACCUGAAAAGCAGCAAGUCGAGCAAAAAGAACAAACCGUUGACCCCGUUAACGAAACCAAUACCAACAACCGUAUGGAAGUUAUAGAGAUUUACAAACCAAGCGUACACGUAAAUCCAAUUUUCACAUCAGUGGGAGCCGAUACCCGCCAACUAUAUACUCAAUCCGAAGCAACCGAAGUCGUAUUCGCUUACAUCGAAAAAGAAAACCUGGUCAAACCGACAAAUAAGUCAAUCGUGGUGUUAGACGCGAUUUUAUGUGACGCGUUAUUCAAAGGAGCUAUUAAGAAAGGAUCAACGUACCCUUCGGAGAUACAUAAAAAGGAUUUGGCGCCGACGUUUGUAAACAGAAUGCAAGCGCAUCAUCAAGUUACUAGAGGAAAAGAAACCGUUGUAAGAAAAGGCGGGUUGAAACCAAUGCAGAUUAUGACUGAACGAAGACAAGGAAAUAAGAAGGUUACGAAACUUACGGGAAUGGAGUCGUUUUUGAUUGAUGCGGAACCUUUGGCAUCGGAAUUGCAAAAGAAGUUUGCUUGUAGUACGUCUGUAUCGGAAUUGCCAGGGAAGAAGGGACAUGAGGUUUUGGUUCAAGGUGGGGUGAUUGAUGUUCUUGCAAGAUAUCUAGUUGAACAAUACGGGAUCCCGAAGAAAUAUAUCGAGAUUCUUGACAAAACAGCCAGGAAAUGAAUACCAGCACUGGCUGUUAUGCGGUAUGCCCUUUGGCGGUCUUUGAGUCAUGUCACGUUUCUUUGUCGGAAGUUGGCUGACAUGGUAUGCCCGUUGGCGGUUUUUGAUUCAUGUCGUGUUUGUUAAUCGAAUGAAACUUGUGAUAGUUUUUUCUAUGAGUUUCUUAUAAGCUAAUACUUGUGAGUUAUUACAUAAUGAGGUUUCUUAAACAGCAGGUUUAUAAGUUA